AUGGCGAACCCGUAUCUGAUUCAGGCUCUUUACGGCCCGAAGCCAACGGCCCCCGCUGUCAAUAAUGCAACGGAUGAUACGAGCGAUGCCACUGAGUUGGUAGUAGCAGCAUCAACGCCAACGCGCACGGAAUUACUGAUCGAGACACUGUAUGGCAGAAGCCAUACGGCGAGUCCCCCAACUGCACAGCCAAAACAUCCGGCACGACAGCAGUCAAUGGAUUUGGAUGAACCGAUGAAGGACGAAGAGAACGAUUCCGUGCCGUGGGUAACAACUGGUUCAAAUGUGUUGCCACUGGUUGAGAAACACGGUGUUGUUGUGAUGGCUGCGACUCUUCCAUCUGGUACAACUACUCGGUCGAUUGUCGGCUCGACAUCCUCGACGGUAAAGCCUGUCAAAGUACCGGGUGCACUGAAGUACCCACCUGAGCGCUACCUACCGCCCGCCGGGCCGUAUUACGAUCAGUUGAAUCUUCCCACCAUCUUCGGCGUCGGAUUCCUCCACGAAAAAUGCUUUACCUGUUGGGGCAAGCGACACAUCUUCACGAAAGGCGUAACGUGCCAUCGAACCUGCAGCAUAUGCGGCACGAAAGAUCAUCGAGAGGAGAGCUGCUCUCGUCUCUACUGCGCAUUGAGCUGGUACUGCGAGCGCGGUAUACCAAGCCGCCCCGACUCUGUCCGUUACCGUCAGUUCCGCCCUAUAGAUACCGAGAUUGCAACCCUUUUGGACAUGGGAUUCAUUACGAACUCGUCUGGAGGAGAUGGUCCUAUCUUUCCAAACAUGCUUCAUCCACGUGUUCAGCAGUUUUAUCGCGACAAACCUUCCCCUCAGAUACUCGUUCUUGAGACAACACCGACUAAGACGAAGCUGAAGCGUAACAGAGGCCGCGGUUUAGCAACAAAGUUCGUCGAGCCACAACCGUCCUGGCCAGCUCAGACAUCCGUGUUCCGUAACGUGGUCAACAGUAGCCUCGAUCCUCGCCUACAGGCCCGCGUCGAAGACAGUUCCGCGACCUCUACUCUAGGUCCGACUACGUCCACUCUGUUGGAUACCACGGUGUUGUCCAACGCUCAAGCAAACGUCUGUGUCAGCGGUUAUACUUUGGGAGACAAGGGAGAGAACACGCUCCAACAAUUGGAAGAUGAGAUUAUGAAGCUAAAAAUGGAUAACAUCUUGAAAGAUCGGGAAAUAAGGAGGUUGCGGGCUGAUAAUGAGCAGCUGCGCGGCAACGGCUAUGAGACGGGCAACAAGCGGCCACGUAUGUAGGGCGGAGUGGGUUGCAUUGCUACGCGUACGAAAUGUGUAUGAUGAUAUAAAAAUGUAGAAGAGGGUGGAAUAACAGGGCAGCACCAAAGGAUGCCAGUUUCGAUGAUUGUUGAUGUGGAAACGCGAUGCAGAAAGCGGCG